GAAAACCGGGAUAAAGUCAUCGUUAUUUUGCAGUGCUCACUUUUAUCGCACACGAUCGACAAAGUGAUAUUCGCUAUACUGUUUAAAAUGAAAUGCGUUGUACCAAAUUCAUAUAUUUAAUUUAAUCCGAUUUAACGGCAGACAAACCAACACAUCGAUUUUCGCUAAUUGAUUACGAGAUACGCGAAUUAUCUAUUGUGUCCAGUGAAUAAUGUGACCACUUUAUGGAACUCGCUAAAUGGUUCGGUCUAUUAGUGAAAAACAAAAAAUAUCUAUAUCCCCUCAGAGUCGAGAGAUAUCAACCGAGCUUCCGCUUUCUUCUACAACAUAUAUUCCAUGAAUAAUUCAAAAUAUCGAUGUCAAUUCGUUGACCUCACCUUCCCUUUCUAAACAUCAAUAAUAAUUUGAACCCGAUAUCCGAAGAUAUCACACAAUCGAUUCAAAAACAAUACAGACGACGAAACGGUUGCAAUCCGAAGUGAUAAGUGAUCGUGGUUGACGAACGCCGCAGAUCUAAUGAGAGUGUACGCAAUGCCCGAUUUCGAAGAUUUGCUGAGUCUGAAACGGAGGGUUCGGAAGAAGUACAGCCUGGAGGGCAGGGAAUAUUCGAAUAGGAGGUGUCCGGCGGUUCUUAUAUCGGUCAGGCUUACCCCGGAACCGGAAUAUGGAAAAAAAAGCGAAAAUUCGUCUCCUUCGCCGUUGGCCAGCUCCGGACCUGGCGGUCACAAGGCGUCCUUCAGGAGCACCAAGCUCGCCCGCAGGGCCCGUUCCUUCAAGGACGACUUCCUGGGGAAGAUAUCGCAGAUGCGAGGACCGGUGGGAGGUGGUGGCGGCUGCGCAGGUCAGGGGGUACGUUCCAACAGUCCGAAGGGUAGGUCGUCGAAGAUGGAGCACAUCUACCCGGAGAACAAGGGCCCCAUCGACGAACUGGACGCCCUCUGGAAACAGAUCGAGCUGGCGCUGAAGCAUUUCAGGGACGUCUUCAAGAAGCAGAUCUUCCUGAUGCUACCCGGCAACGGUACCCUCAUCUUGGACAGCGUGUGGCACAUCAACCUGGCCAUCAAGUCGUCCGUGGCCGCCGACUCUAGCUCGAGCGUGACCUCGGCCACACAGGGGAUGUACCAGAGCGUGGCCAGGCUGAUAAAGCUGUGCGACGACGUCCUCAUCAACUGCGACAGCGCCGCCUUGGACCAGCAGAACGUGGAGGAGGUGGUGUCGCAGGUGGAGCACGCAGUCAGGGACCUGAUAGAACUUGCCAAAGAGAAAAUAAAGCAGCAACAGUCGAAUUACAAGACGGUGCCCAGGUUGUCCUCCUACGGAACCAGCAAUCUCGAGAUGAACUCGCAGAGGAACUCGCUGCCCGACAUACCCCUGACGCCCCGCGAGAGGGACAUCCUGGAGAAGACUUCCAACCACUCCGUUCGCGGCAGUCACAGCACGGAGUCGAUCCUGCAGGACUCCGGGCCGCCUCCCAAACCACCACUACCAGACGGCAUACUACGGUCGGAUAUCACGAGAUGCAUCACGCCCCCGCCCCUCCCGCCGAAGAAGAAGAACAACCGACUGAAUCAGGUGAUGGACGACAGUUUUACGCCGGACGGUUCGCCUUCGAUUUUGGAAAGGUUGUCCCUCAGGUCAAAAUCGCCGGACGAUUCCAUAUCGCUCCUGUCGGGUAGCGGUAGUUUGGAUUCGAUGCUGAACAUGUCGAGGGAAGAAGAAGAAAUCAAGGCUCUGAUGGAUCCGAUCUACGAUUACGACAACACGUUCGAGAAUCAUUGCUCCGAUAUUUUCGCCACGAACGGAUCCUACAACUCCUGGGAAGAAUCCUCACUCAGCUCCAGCAUAUCCAACCACGCCAACCUGAACCAGGCCCAGUACGACUACCACCGCCUCUCCAACACCGAUUCCGGCAUCGUGUCCUCCGAGUCCUACAGAUCGUCGUACUACUCCAAGAGGAGCUCGCAACAGAGCACCAUCAGCACCCAGCAGGUGACCAAACACUCGGUGAACUCCUCCAGCGAGAUGGUCAAAUCGGAGAGUUUCGCCCAGAGCCUCGCAGAGUCCGCCACCUACCAGCUGAGCGUCAAGUGUCAGAACCAGCAGAAGACGAGCAGCAGCAGCUCCAUCGUGUCCACGAACACCCAGACGAGUUCGGGGAAGGAGGAGGCCGAUUUCGCUUCGCUGGGAACGGUGUCGCCGCCUCCAUUACCUCAGAAGACCAAGAAGAAACAGGAGAGGCAGCCGUCGCCUUAUGACAACGUGCCGGAGGGCAAUAUGGAGGGCGAGGUGCUGGUGACUUGCCGCAUGCAUCAGUCGCAUCAGAGCCUCAGCAGCGUCGCGUCUAACGCCGAGGACGACAGCUCUAAGCCGCCCCCUUUGCCAGUAAAAAAGAGACACAUGUUCCAAUCCGUGGCUUACUCUGUAAUGGCGUACAUGGAGAUGUUCGGCAAUUGUCAGUCGAACGACAACGAUCAGGAUUUCAUGAGACAUUCCGUGCACAUGACGCACGCUCAGCACUGGGUGCAGCAGAGCACCAGUCCCGGAUUGCCGACGACGCAGUCGUGUUCCUUCAGUCAGAUCUCCAAUUGCAGCUCUCUGUCGCAGUCCCACACCCUUUCUAUACCUUCUACCGAUUCUCAGAGUCGUACGCCUUCGCCGAUCUCGGCGUCCGGCCCCGCCGCCAACUGCCUGCCCCCGGCGCUGCCGCCCAAGCAGCGCCCGAGGAUCAGGUCCGAGGGCAGGUCGCCGCCCCAGUCGCCCUGCUCGACGGAAACCGCCAAGCAGGUCGACGCGACGCCCGCCAAGGUACUUCCGGACCUGUUGGAACACACCGGCGACGCCGACAAAGACGCGUCCGCCAAGGAGGACGAGGACGUCAAGAUAUGCGACGUCGAUCUGAUGGAGAAGUUGACGGUCGACGAGUAUCUCGUGUUCAAGAAGCCCGAGGAGGAGGGGCCGGACAUCAGGGGCGGUACCAUAGACGCCCUGAUCAUCCAGGCGACCAAGGCCACUAAGAAUGGCGUUUUCACAUAUCAAGAAGCCUUCUUGACCACCUAUCGCACAUUCAUCACCCCCUUCGAUCUCAUAUCCAAACUGAUCAGAAGGUACAAUUUUUUCUACUACAAGACGGAAAAGAGACCAAGGUCUAGGGAGGCCUUCGCCCUCAUGGUCAGAGUGGUCAGCGAUUUAACGAGCGUGGAUCUGGACGAGGAACUGCAACAGAAGCUGAUGAACUUCGUGCAACAGCUGAUAUCGUGCGGGGAACUGACGCUGGCCAAGGCGCUGCGCGUCAAACACCUCGAGCGUCACGAGGCCAAGCAGAGGAACGCGCAGGGCGCUAGCAACGUGCUCACGAGCAUCUCGCUGACGCCGCGCACGCUCACCCUGCUCGACUUCAAGUCGGAACAGAUCGCCGAACAGAUGACGCUUCUGGACGCCGAGCUGUUCAUGAAGAUCGAGAUACCGGAGGUGCUUAUAUGGGCGCAGGAGCAGAACGAGGAGAGGAGUCCCAAUCUCACUUUGUUCACUGAGCACUUCAACAAGAUGUCCUAUUGGGCCAGGACGAAGAUCCUCCAGAUGAAUAACAAGGAGACGCGCGAGAAGUACUUCCUGAAGUUCAUCAAGAUCAUGAAGCACCUUAGGAAGAUCAACAACUUCAAUUCGUACCUAGCGCUGCUGUCGGCCCUAGAUUCGGCCCCCAUCCGUAGGUUGGAGUGGCAGAAGCACGUGCAGGAAGGGUUGAAGGAGUACUGCGCACUCAUCGAUAGCUCGUCUAGUUUCAGGGCUUAUCGCCAAGCCUUGGCCGAAACUCAACCGCCCUGCAUACCCUACAUCGGGUUGGUGCUGCAGGACCUGACGUUCGUCCAUAUCGGAAAUACCAAUCUGCUGCCCGACGGGAUGAUUAAUUUCUCCAAGAGAUGGCAGCAGUUCAACAUAGUCGAAAACAUGAAGAAGUUCAAAAAAUGUACAUAUUCGUUCAAGAAAAACGAGAGGAUCAUCCAGUUCUUCGAGAAUUUCGACGACAUAAUACCGGAGGACGCGAUGUGGCAGCUGUCGGAGUCGAUCAAACCCAGGGGCGGCAAAAAGACGACAUAAUCCCUCGAGAAUCGUUUCAGAAUCUUCAUCCGAACAUACCUUUGAGCCGGGGAAAAAAAACGCGGCCCGACGGAGCAAUAUUUGGUGGAAUCGACCAAUUUAUAGCGUGUCUGGGAUUCCAGUAUGUUGGUAUGAGAAUUGUUCGAUUCUGAAGACUAUGGUUCGUGUUUACGGCUGUCAAAUGUCAGUUUAAUUUGACAGGUGACAUAUGUCAACCGUUCACAGAGGUUACGCGCAGUUGACGUCUGUCAACGGGAAGUCUGCUGCGUGAACUUGUUGGAACGAUAGAAAAGUCAAUAUUUUCGAUGGUCGAGAAAAAUUUUGUUUUGGGGCGAGAGAAUUCAGUGAAAAUGCCGUUUCUACGAAAUAUACGAACAACGAAUUUUUUUCUAUUUAUCGGAUUCGAAGAGUAAAGUUCGAAGGCAGGUUGUGUACAUUGAAUCCAUUCAAACGGUGGAAUAUCUUAUAAUUGAACCUACACUGAUUUAACGAAUGUGUACGUUACUGACCUUAUUAUUUAUUCUAGUAUUAAACCUUGUCGAAUCGAGGUAUUCGAGGGAUAUUUUUCUUAUUAAUCUUUUUUUUUCCAAUUCAAACUUUAACGAACGCGUGUUUGUUAUAGUCUGUUAUUAUUAGCACUACGUAUGCUUUAAAAAGACUGAUCUUUCUUAGUAACUUUCAUUGGGACACCUACGUCAACUUAUCAGUACAGGAGACCACGGACGAUUAGGAGAUAAACUAUUUUUGAGAUAUCAUUCCGAUUUUAUUGUCGGAAUUAUCUUGAGAACAUAGAAUUUGAUGUUUGUUCAACGAAACAACGGUGUUUUAGCACUUCUUCCAAACAUUCUGAAAAUAAAUGUUAGUCCAAUGUCCAGAUCCCAGGAUAAUGAAUAAGACGCCAUCUCGAUCUAGUUACCUUUGAAUGACGUUGACAGAUAACGCUUCUUAUCUGUCAAUCAUCGAAUAUUCGUGUGGGGCAUAAAAAUUCAUUUACUGAAUGCUUUGAAAUUUUUGUUUUCAAGAUUAUUGUCCAUCAAGCCCUCAAAUUAAUGGGACCAGUAUAUUUUAAAUUGCGAAAGGAUUUGAAAUAGAUUAAAAUGGGAUAUUGCCGCUUGGUUUGGUAAAAUUUCGACGUUAGUCUGGGAUCUGGAGUCGAAAACCUAGUUGAAUGUUUUAAGCUAAUAAUUGUUAGUUAAAGUAACAUAUAGCAGGCCUAAUUAACAGAUAAGAACAAUUAACUUCUUCCUCCUUAUACAGCUCUAGCUGUAGCUUCUUGUUGUUCGACACUUGAAUGCAAUAUAUCAACACAAAUGUGUCUUUGUGUGGCUGGAUUCGCGAGACAAAGUUGAUUUUUAUAUUUUUAACCGUUCAUUUCGUGUUUUUGCUACUGGAACUUUUCUUGCCACGUUUCAGUACGACGCAAUAGUGGAACAAUUUAACCGUAGCGACAUCCCCUUUGCUCAUUCAUCGCUCUGUAUGUAAACGUCCAAGUCACAUACUUUCUGUGAUUGUUUUUUUAUUUUAUAUUUUAUCGUUGUGAUUUUUACUAUUACCAGGUAAUUACCACAAUUUUAUUUCGGGUGUGAGAAUGGAAAGAAUGUUUUUAAUAUUUUUAAAUAGUUUCAUUUAUAUAACAGAUUGCCAUCGUAUAUAAUUUGUGCCAUUUUAGAUUGUAUAGUUUUUUACUAUUUCGUGCAAGUAUUAUAUUCCAUUUAUUGUGUUUUAUUUAUUUGAAUUCUUUUUGUAUAUAAAUGUGUAUCAUAUGUGCACAUGAGAUUAUCGUAAUUUUUGGUAUUUGCUUUAAAGUACAUACUAUCAGUAGUGUGUAACAUGUACCUUAUUAAACAAGUGAAAAUUA